AUGCUCCCAUCUUUUUAUGGGCUUGAUAACGAGGACCCCUAUAAGCAUCUUGAUGAAUUCCUUGAAAUCUGUUUAACUAUAAGAUUACAGAACAUCUCUGAAGAUGCUUUGCGUAUGCGUUUGUUUCCAUUUUCUUUAAAAAAUAAAGCAAAAUAUUGGUUGAAUUCCCUAAAGACUAACUCCAUCACUUCUUGGGCUCAGAUGCAACACGAGUUCCUUAAGAGGUAUUUUACCAUAGGGAAAACAAACCAAAUACGGAAAGCCAUAACCGGUUUUUCACAAAUAGAGGGGGAACCUUUUCAUGAAACUUGGGAUAGGAUGAAGGACCUUCUACGGAGGUGUCCACAUCAUGCUGUUCCCAAGUGGCAACUUAUUCAGUGUUUCUAUGAUGGCUUAACAGAGCCUCAUAGACAAAUGGUAGAUGCCUCCUGUGGGGGUACGUUUAUGCUUAAAAGUGAAGAUGAUGCGUGGAUCCUGUUUGAAAACUUAGCUGAAAAUUCUUUACACCAUUCAUCAUCUGGUCGUAGGGCACCUACAUCUAAGAACCAAAGAAGUGAGACAAUUUUCGGAGUAAGCCAUUCCUUAGAUGUGACUACUAAGGUAGAUGCCUUAUCAAGAAAAUUAGAUCAAAUUAUGGCUGCUGGUUUUGCACCUACAACUGUUUCUCACAUUCCACCUCCACAGGAAGUUUGCUCAUUUUGGUCUAAUCCAUCGCAUCAGGAGAAAGAUUGCUCCGUCAUAGGACAAUUCUCUGAAGUUCCUCAUGAGCAAGUAAAUGCAGCCAUCUCCAGACCGGUUAAUGAUCCAUAUUCUCAUUCGUAUAACCCGGGAUGGAGAAAUCAUCCGAACUUCUCUUGGCGAGCUCCAGGGAAUCAGGGACCAACUAUAGGAGUGCAUAAUCAGGCACACCCUUUGCCUCCUAAUCAAUCCUAUAAUCCCAAUUAUCAGCCCCAUCGGUAUCAGUACCAGUCAGCUGUUCCUCCAAGAAAUUCUGCUUUUGAGGAUAAGGUUUUAACUGCACUUGGUAACUUGGAAGCAAAUACUCAAUUGCUGAAUUCUCAUUCCCAAUCGAUUGCCAAGUUAGAAGGUCAAGUUGGACAGCUGGCAAAUGCGUUUAAUCAGAGAAAAGAAGGGAAACUUCCCUCACAACCAAUAGCCAACCCUAAGGGACAAUACAUGGUCGAUGGGAGUGCUUCCGGCAGAACCACCCAUGAGCAAGUCCAAGCGGUUACAACCUUAAGGAGUGGAAGGACAGUCGAUAAUCAGGUCAGGCAGAAAGACACUGAAGAAGGUGAAUCCCGAUCAAAUCUAAAGAUACCCCUUGAGAAUCUAAAAGAUAAGUUGAAAACCACUCCUGAGAUACCUUAUGAGCCUAGAGCUCCAUUCCCUGAACGUCUCAAGGAGCCUCCUAGUGCUGUGAAGCAAGGAGAAAGAUACCAAGAAAUGAUGGAUGUUUUUAAAAAGGUACAAGUUAAUAUACCAUUUCUUGAUGCUAUCCGACAGAUCCCACCUUAUGCUAAGUUUCUAAAAGAUUUGUGUACUCAAAAGCGUAAGAUGAGGAAGCGUAGUCCAGAAAAAAUUAUUUUGACCGAAAAAGUAAGUUCUUUGAUACAACAUGCUGUAGCCCCCAAAGUUAAGGAUCUGGGUGCUCCCACUAUUUCUUGUAUUAUUGGAGACCAUACCAUUGACAAGGCACUCCUUGAUUUAGGUGCAGGUGUUAAUUUGUUACCUUACUCGGUCUAUGAGCAAUUAGGACUCGAAGAGUUAAAGCCCAUGACGGUUAUCUUGCAACUUGUAGACAGAUCCGUAAAGAAACCUCGUGGUAUAAUUGAAGAUGUAAUCAUUAGAGUGGACAGGUUCUACUUCCCAGUAGAUUUCAUUGUUCUUGAUACAGAACCUGUCCCAGACCCCGCAAAGUUUAUCCCAGUCAUCCUUGGACGCCCUUUCUUAGCUACGGCUAACGCUUGCAUAAAUUGCAGGACAGGAGAAAUGGAGAUAACCUUUGGGAACAUGAAGGUAAAGCUGAACAUUUUCAAUCUUUUCAGCAUCCAUCAGAUAUUAAUGAGUGUUUCUUAUUGGACAUGA